GCUCGCGGCCGGCGGCGGCGGAGGCGGCUCCAGCAGCGUCGCCGGCGGCCGCGGCAGAAGCACCCUGGCCCGCGGCAGGAAGAAGAAGAAAAAGAAGCAGCAGCCCUUAGCCCUCAGCCUCUGAAAACUGCGAAGACAAUCUGGAAUAGCAAUACCCACUGUUGCUUUGCUGCCUGAUGCCUUCUGCCCAGCAUCUGAAGUGAACCUCAAUCAUCAAUUGCUUUUAUUUUUUUUAUUUUAUUUUAUUUUAUUUUGGUCCGGGGCCAAAGCGUUCUGGAUUCUGCUGACUUGAGGCUGGAGAGAGACGGGACUUGCUUGUCGUCAUCAACUUUAGAACCAGUGUGAUGGUGAAAUGAGAUGAGGCUCCGAAAUGGAACUGUGGCCACUGCGCUGGUGUUUGUCACCUCCUUCCUGACCCUGUCCUGGUAUACCACGUGGCAAAAUGGGAAAGAAAAACUAAUUGCUUACCAACGAGAGUUCCUAGCUCUAAAGGAACGUCUUCGAGUGGCCGAACAUAGGAUAUCUCAGCGCUCCUCUGAGCUCAACGCCAUUGUCCAGCAGUUCCGCCGAGCUGGAGCAGAGACCAAUGGAAGUGAGACCGCUCUGAGUACAAUCUCAGGUAAUACCAUAAAGCUUCUAAAAGAGUUGACAAGCAAAAAAUCACUUCACGUGCCAAGUAUUUAUUAUCAUUUGCCUCAUCUAUUGCAAAAUGAGCGAAGCCUUCAGCCUGCUGUACAGAUUGGCAGUGGAAGAACGGGAGUUUCAAUAGUAAUGGGAAUUCCUACUGUGAAGAGAGAAGUUAAAUCUUACCUCGUAGAAACCCUUCACUCCCUUAUUGAUAAUCUGUAUCCUGAAGAGAAGCUGGACUGUGUUAUAGUCGUCUUCAUAGGAGAGACAGAUCUUGAUUAUGUUCACGGUGUUGUUGCCAACCUGGAGAAAGAAUUUUCUAAAGAAAUUAGUUCUGGCCUGCUGGAAAUAAUCUCUCCUCCUGAAAGCUAUUACCCUGACUUGACAAACCUGAAGGAGACGUUCGGGGACUCCAAGGAAAGAGUAAGAUGGAGAACCAAGCAAAACCUGGAUUAUUGUUUUCUGAUGAUGUACGCUCAGGAGAAGGGUAUCUACUACAUUCAGCUUGAAGAUGAUAUUAUUGUCAAACAAAACUAUUUUAAUACCAUAAAAAAUUUUGCACUUCAACUUUCUUCGGAAGAAUGGAUGAUUCUAGAGUUUUCCCAGCUUGGCUUCAUUGGAAAAAUGUUCCAGGCCCCAGACCUCGAGCUGGUUGUGGAGUUCAUCCUCAUGUUCUAUAAGGAGAAGCCCAUCGACUGGCUCUUGGACCACAUUCUCUGGGUGAAGGUCUGCAACCCCGAAAAAGAUGCCAAACACUGCGACAGACAGAAGGCAAACCUGCGCAUCCGCUUCCGGCCCUCCCUGUUCCAGCACGUGGGUCUGCACUCGUCUCUGUCGGGGAAAAUUCAGAAGCUCACGGAUAAAGAUUACAUGAAGCCAUUGCUUCUCAAGAUCCAUGUGAACCCACCUGCAGAGGUCUCCACCUCCCUGAAGGUGUACCAAGGGCACACUCUGGAGAAGACCUACAUGGGGGAAGACUUCUUCUGGGCCAUCACCCCCACGGCUGGAGACUACAUCCUGUUUAAAUUUGACAAACCGGUCAAUGUGGAGAGUUAUUUGUUCCACAGCGGCAAUCAAGAACACCCAGGAGACAUCCUGCUGAACACGACCGUGGACGUUCUGCCUCUGAAGAGCGACAGUUUGGAAAUCAGCAAAGAAACCAAAGAAAAACGAUUAGAAGAUGGCUAUUUCAGAAUAGGAAAAUUUGAGUAUGGUGUUGCCGAGGGAAUUGUGGAUCCUGGUCUAAACCCUAUUUCAGCCUUUCGACUUUCGGUUAUUCAGAACUCUGCCGUCUGGGCCAUUCUUAAUGAGAUUCAUAUUAAAAAACUCACCAGUUGAUCUGCUUAGAAACCAACACGUCCUUCCUUAUGACUCUUGAUUAAAGACAGUUAGCACGUCCUCUUCUGUUUGGACUUGAACACUACCUCUCGUGAAGCCUACUGUAGAUAAGAUGAUUGUCACCUCCCCUCGGACAGGGACUCUUCCCACGGAUAACUGCAUUCAUUUGAAGCUAGGCUGUCCUCCAGUUAGAACUUGACACAAACGUCUUACAAUCCUGACAGCCUGUUAACAUGACUGAGACUAUUUUGGUAUUAUACUAAUACACAAGAGUUGUACAUAUUGUUACAUUCCUUAAAAUUUGAAAAAACUGAUGUUAAAUACAUUUUGUGAAGGGGGUACUUUUGAAGUUCACUUAUUUUACUAUUAUAGACCCUCUUUUAUAGACGAUCAGGGAUAUUAUAUAUAUAUAUAUAUAUAAAUAUAAAUAUAUAAAUACACAUGAAGAUGUUAUGAAGUUAAUUUAUUAGAAGCACUUAAGAAGUACAUAUUUUUGUGCAGUAAAGUUUUGAAUCAACGCCUUUUUUUGAAGAAGCGGUUCCCCGGCUUUUUUAAGUUCUUUCUAUAUUUUUAUUUGGAGAUGCAGACAUUAUAGAUCAACGCCAUUUUCUCCAGUGCACUGCCAUUCCAGAUUGGUUCUAGAUGGGUUUCUUAACUUGAAGUACUUUUAUAAUCACAGCAAUUCUGAACAAAAUAUUUUCAGAGUCAUUCGUCAUUCCUAAAAAUCAAGAUUUUAAAAGACCAAUGUCCUCUCGAGGGUUAUAUUACUGUACUGUGUAUGGUGUGUAGCCACAGCAAACCAAUGUGAUCGUCAGUGUCCAGGUGGGAGGCCCCUGCCGUGUCUCCACAGACUCCUUCAUAGUUCCCCCUAUUGGGUGAUGAGACUCCUUCCUCAUUUGUUCUGUCUUUAAUCAGUAGUUAGACACACUGUCUUUUUUCUUCCUGGAUGGUCCUUUUAUAAACCUGUGGUAGGUUUUGGAGUUCAGAUCAUGUUUUCUGGGUAAUGCUGUUGGGUGAGUCAUAUUGGGUAUAAUUUUACAAUCAAAACUGUAAUGUGGGGCUCUGGUGAAAGGCAACCACCGUGUUUCUGUCUCCAUUAGCAUGACUUGUUCUGCUGUGUCGCGAACAUGGAGGUGAAUGCUGUGUCCAGAGUGCAUGUGCACCCCACCUGGCAGUCCCAAGUGGCACUAGUUGGCAGAAGUGCUUUACUCUUAGGGAGGCCAAGCAACAGUUGCCAGUCUUCUCUGGCUCUCCAGGAGCUGCGCAUGCCUGGCAGGUGUGGUGGAGGCCCUGGGCUGAGGGAGGUCCCAGCCGGUGGCCUCCAUCCUGGAGCUUCCUUAGUUGCCCACUGUGUGGAACACACAGCAGCAGCCAUUUUGUAUGUUCUUACUGGGAAAAUGUAGAUAAACACUACUGUGCAUGUGAAAGCCCCGCUGAAGCUUUUCUUGGUGUUCUGUAAGUUUCCCCUCUCAGUUCCUUCAGCUUUUUAAUUUCUUCUCUGAUUUCCUAUGCCCACAAACAUAUCCCUAGAAAAUGUAAGCCCUAUCUUCCCACACUCAUGUGUGCAGCAGCAGGGUGACAGACUGAAACCAUGCAGAUGUGUGCAGAGACCCUUGGUGGCUUUGAGUUCAGGGAGGCCAAGCUUUGAAACUCCAGUGGGUUAUUUGAAUGUCUCUUGCGUGGGUCUUUGCGCAUAUGCAUUCACUGCUUUCUGCUCCUCUGUCUUCUCUAGGGACUCUUUAGCCAAGUCCUUUUCUUCAUUCAAGGAAUCCUUCCCUUUUCCCUGUAAGCUCGGUCCCGGUACCUGGACCGUGCCUGCACCUCGGCAGGCUCCUUUGGCAUCUGGAUGAGUCGAGUGUCUAGCCCGGUCGCUCGCAUCUCUCUCCUAGCGAUGUUGGCCUGCUGUCUUGCCGUGCACAAGCACACACACUCCAAGCUCUGGAGGCCAGUUCUGUCUUCCACGUCAGGUGCGCCUCUGACCCUCAGUGUUAGUUGCCCCCUCCUUUGUUCAUCACUAGAUUAUCAGAAACAGAUGUGCUUGCCCCAAGCAAGAACACUUUGUGGGAGCCCUGGACGCUGGUGAGGGUGAAGACUGAAGGUGAAGCCAGAGUGCUUAGAACUGCAAGGUGACCAUCUGCGUUAUUCCUGGGAGGCCACCAACCAACUUUGACCCAUAGUGAAUGGGGAAAGUGCCAAAUGCAGUACUAAUUAUAUUUGUGAAAUAGGUCAUGGUUGGCAUCAGUGUGAAUUUCAGAUAGCCCAUACUCUAGAGCAGUGAUGGCCUCUGCAGAAGCCACAAAAUGCAUCUGUUGAAAUGAAAAGUGGAGUUCUGUGUCCACAUUGGCAGCCUCAGGAGUGCUCAGUGGCCGCCACAUGGCCAGCAGCUACCAUAUUAGAUCCUAGAAAUAUGGGACAUUGACAUCACCAUGGUGGGAGGUUCUGCCGGUCAUGUAAACAUGAGCAUUCUAGAAAGGAGGAGUAAUGUAUCCUGCUGCUGUGAAUAAAAAUACACCUAUGGAUUCACUGUAGUGCGGGUGAAGGUGUGUAUUUUUGUGGGACAGCCGAGAUUGCCCGGCUACAUGUUAGUGUCCUCAUUCUUCCCGGCAUGCAUUGUUUCAGUAUCCUCAAGAGGAACAUUUGAAAAGCAUGAGAAGUGAAUGCAGAUGGAAGAUUUAGCUUGUAGGUUAGACUUGUGUGUGUCUGUCAGAGUGUGUUUGAACAAAGGUUCUUGAAAUCAUUGGUUACAUGUAAAAGAUUAAGUGUGCUUAUUUCUAAAGCUGUCAGGAAACUUGGGAGACUAGACUUAUUUUUAAGUCUUUCAUAAUUAGUUCUCAACAGGGCUGUCCCUCAAGGAAAAGUUGAUGUAUGUGGAAGGAGUUGUUGGCAAAGGUUGUUCCAGUUAAUAAGUGUGUAUCUGUCACAUGCAGGAUUCUAAGAAUGACCCUUCCCAUGACCUUGUAUAAUAUCCUCCCCUUAUUAGUAUACUGAGAACUUUGACCAUGUCAUGUCUUGUUACUUAGCAAAAGGGAGAUUAUCUGUGGGGGACUGGUCCAAUCUUGAGAGGCCUGUCAUGCUGGUAGGAGAGACACACACUGAGCUCUGAAGAGGCCCCCCCCUAAAUGACUGCAGGUGGCCUCAUAAGGAGCCAGGGCUUUGUUCCCCAACAGGUAGGAGCUGCAGACUUUUUGCCAUAGGACAAUUUAACCCAGACACUUACCAGGCCUGGACAUGUAAACCCCCGGAUGCUCAACCAGCCUGGUAAACCCCUUCACUGCAGCUUUGUAGGUGGGCCCUACCUAGACUUCUGACGUUCAUCAGUGGUAUUAGCAGGCAGUGCUGUAUGUGGCUAGAUUUGUGGCCUUUCUAAGAAGCAACAGAAUCUGUCAGUCCUGACAUCUUCAUAUGUGAUUGCCUGCGGUAGACUGGUUUUUAAGACAAGGUCUCACCUUGUACUCCCUGCCGGUUCUCCUGGUCCUGCUUCUCAAGUGCUGAUGUGUGUCACCAUGCCCAGCUGACUCAUGUUUUUUGACAUAAGAAUAAACUCAUUCCUAGCAGGCCCUAUUCUCAGGUCUCUGCUAGGAUGUUUGGUGCCAGGACCCAUGUCUCCACUACAAGUCAGACUUGUGUUAUUUUUUGUUCUGUAAAACUGCCAGGAGGAGUCUGUAGGUGUGGGCUGUCGGCAUCUUUUCUCCUAGAUGCUCCUAAAUUAUACUGACUUAACGGCCUGCUGGAAGCAUGGGAAGGGAUGAUGAAGGGAUUUUAGAUCAGAUUGGCGGGAAGACAACUUCCCACCUUCAUGUCUACUUGCUGGUGUGUCCAAGCUUCUGACAGUGCAGCGAGGCCAUGCUCAAGGACCACAUGGGCAAGUUACAGAAGCAAGGAAACUGUUAAAAGGCUUUGAGUAAGUUUACAAUCUUGUAUUGUGCCAUUCAUUGCCGUCCUGGGCCACAGGCUGAACAUACCUGCAAGAGCUUCAGCUAUGGCAGGUGUAAUUUUUAAAAAAAUCACUUAGCCGAGUAGCUCACGGUUCAAACCCUGGAUGUUCCAACUGAGGUUUUGUAUUUACAUGUUUCUUAAACUAUCUGCACUUCCAAGCCAUUAACUGCUAAGGAAGUUUCUUACCUUGGUUCACUCAUCUGGGCUUAUCAUCAUUAUUAUUAUUAAUAAUAACCAUGCUGCCAUAGCCUUGAAGAAAAUAAACAGAAUUGAAGAAAAGGAGCCCAGAGGUUAAACACUGUCAUCAUCAUCACGUGGUAAGGGAUCAAGUCCCAGUUCAAGACUUCUAGAAAAGGGUGUUCCAGAGCUAUGAAGCAACAUUUACAGCUUGUAAAACUUAAACCUUGAUAGUUAUGAAGACUUAAAUGAUUAAUAUUGACAUAUAUGCUAUGCUAAUUAAUAUGCUAAAUUUAAUGCAUGUGAACAUACAAAGAUGACCAGUCUUUUACAAAGAGAAAAAGAAUAAAAAACACCCCAAGGAGUUUGUUCCCAUGCCCCUGCACUCUGUCACCAGCUAGAUGGACCUUUGUUUCUGAAAUGCCCCCUUUUCCAGUUUCUGCACUACCUGAAAAUGUACGUGUGAGGGCAGCAGGCACAGGGGACCUGUGUGUGCGGGGACCUGAGCAGGGAAGGGAAGCAGCCACGCAGGAGCCACUGCCACUGCGUGUGCAAUGUGAACCCCGGUCCCCAGUGGAGCUCCUGCUGCUCUGAACACUGUUGAGGGGCCAGCUUGUGAUACUGAGGAGGCUGCUUCCUGCUGCUGAGCUAGCAGUUGGUCCCAGAAUAACAAGAGUGGGGUGGGUCCUCUAGCUUGUCAGCGUUCCACGCUUUAUUGGCAAUGCUCCGAGCUGCAGAAGGCCACCUGAAGAGCAUUCUCGAGCCUCACAAAUGGCUGCCGGGACAGUACCGAGUCCACUAAGCCUCACGCUGUCCCCCAGUGGACAAGAACGGCUCAGUUGGAGCCCUUCCUCCACAAAGCCCAGCUUUGCGUUGGGGACGGUCUUGGAGAAGCCCAGGGAGUCGCUUUGCUAGGUUGUCCCAGGAUCUCUUUUCCUCUGCACACACUCUGCUCACCAUGUCUUCGUGGGUUGAACAGUUAAUAACUGCAGUAAUAUUUGAGAUACCUGUUGAAUUUUUAAAGGCAGAUUAUUUAUUUUCAAGUUUGCUGCUAUAAUUGAAACCUAAUAAUGUCCUGUUGACUGUGCCUUUCAUAACUGUCUCUGUGCUACAACUGUCCAUGUGUAUUUGAAAUGGAGUUUGAAAAGCUAUGUUGAAUCAAAAUUCCUUCUAAUAAAAAUGGCUUAAACCAA